AUGAGUUCCUACGUGUCCCAAUACCCGCCGGCUGUUGAGUCCGACCCUGCAUACAAGAAAUUCUUCGAGGACUUCUACGCUACGUCCGAUGCAGCAGAAGCGCAUGAGGAAUACGUCCAGUACUUCACUAAGGAUGCAACCCUCGUCAUGGCUUCCAAGAGGGUGGAAGGCCGGGAAGAGAUCUUAGCCCUGCGCAAAAGCAUGUGGGAGAAAGUUUCAACGAGAGCGCACAAGCCACUCCAAGUGUUUCCGUUCGGUCCGAAGUCAGACGAGGUUAUGCUGUACGGGACGGUCAAGUACGGCUUCAAGGCAGGCGGAGAAUCCAGUAAAGAUUGGGCUGCAAGGGCGCACCUAGUCAAAGAGGACGAUGGCAAGGUGAAGAUGAACUUCUACCAAGUCUACCUGGUGCGACACUCACCUCCUGUUCGCGUUCGUAUAUGUGGACUUGAAGCUAACCACGAUGCUCAGGAUACCGGAGCUUAG